GAGCGCCUCCUGAUGAGCCUGUUGCCCAGGAACGUUGCCAUGGAGAUGAAGGAGGACUUCCUGAAGCCGCCCGAGAGGAUCUUUCAUAAGAUCUACAUCCAGCGUCAUGACAACGUCAGGUACGUACGUGAGUGACACUAUGGCAACAACAGGCUUUCUGACGGGCGGCAAGAGGUUUGAUGGUCGUCUUGUUCUUGAUCCACUGUGUCUUCGUCAAAUGACAUCAGGAUUUAAAAAAAAAAGUGAUUUGGCUCGUGAGAGGUAAUGACUUUCAGUCACCUGGUCAGAUUAAUAAGAAUGUCCAGAAACCAUCUCUCCAAUGUGUGUGUCAGAGGCAAAGGUAGAGCCAGAGCAGUGGUGGCUGGUGGGAGAAGAUAUCGCAGGAUGGGCUCAUUGUAAUGGCUGAAAUGGAAUAAAUAGAAAAGUGAUCCAACACAUGCUUUCCAUUAUUUAGUUUGAUACUUUUUCAUUAAUCUCCUCUCACCAGACACCACUGAGCCAGAGUCAGGGUGACAGUUGAACUAAUGAUUACACAUUAACUAGGCAGCAAAAAGACAGCUUUAUGUAUCAGUGAUGAUGAGAGUAGGAGUGGAUGGCAGUCAGGCAGAGUCAACAGCAGCACUCCAGUCAAGGGCUCUCCUCUCUUCUCCUCUCUUCUCUCCUCUCUCCUCUCUCCUCUCUCCUCUCCACUGUCUAUUCUAUGGCUGCGUCCCAAAUAACAACCUAUUCCCUAUAUAUUCUAUAAGGGGCCUGGUAAAAAGUAGUGCACUAUAUAGGGAAUAGGGUGCCAUUUGGGACACAGUCUAUCAAACGGCCUGCUCUGCUGGGUUCCCUACUGGACACCUACAGCUCUGUAAACCGCCCAUUCACUGUCAGUGUAAAACAACACCACAGCCUUGGCUAUCUUCCAACCAGCUAGGGUACUGCUACAGCUCCUGUGUGUGUGUGUGUGUCUGUAUCUGUGUGUGACAUCUCCCUGAUCUGGGUCUUUUGAUGUGACUCAGGGACGUCCUCGCCCCCAACCUCCAACCCUCAUCGCCCCCCUCCUCCAACCCUCAUCGUCCUCCUCCUCCAACCCUCCUCGCCCCCCUCCUCUAAACCUCCUCGCCCCCUCUCCUUGCCCCCUACUGCACCCUCCUCCAACCCUCCUCAUCCCCCCUCCUGCACCCCUCCUCCUCCGCUCCUCUCCAGAGUAGGGAGAGCACACACACACGACCCACAACAGAGCCCUGUUCAAAUAGAAAUUACAGAAGUGGGGUUGUGAAUAGAGAGUCUAGAUUCCUGCUUUGCAUCUACCAAACCACACCAUUCUCUCUUCUGUCUCCAAGCCAAGUCAAGCCAAGCUGCAGACAGCGAGUUUCAUGCUACUGAGGCUGCGUCUCAAAUUGCACCCUAUUCCCUAUAUAGUGCACUACUUUUGACCAGGGCCCAUAGACAGACAGUCACGGUGCAGGGGAGGGACUCUCAAAAAGUCACACACUCUCUCACAUUAUGGCUUACAGAAUAAGUUACACUCUCUCACAUUAUGGCUUACUGAAGAAGAUACACUCUCUCACAUUAUGGCUUACUGAAGAAGAUACACUCUCUCACAUUAUGGCUUACUGAAGAAGUUACACUCUCUCACAUUAUGGCUUACUGAAGAAGUUACACUCUCACAUUAUGGCUUACUGAAGAAGAUACACUGUCUCACAUUAUGGCUUACUGAAGAAGAUACACUCUCUCACAUUAUGGCUUACAGAAGAAGUUACACUCUCUCACAUUAUGGCUUACUGAAGAAGUUACACUCUCUCUCACACUCCCAUCCAUACAUUCUCUUUGUGUUAGAAUCAAGGGCUAGUGAAGAUAUUCACAGUGAAUUAGAUCAACACUGAACAAAAAUAUCAACGCAACAUGUAAAGUGUUGGUCCCAUGUUUCAUGAGCUGAAAUAAAAUAUCCCAGAAAUUGUCAAUACGCACAAAAAGCUUAUUUCUCUCAAAUUGUGUGCGCACAUUUGUUUACAUCCCUGUUAGUGAGCAUUUCUCCUUUGCCAAGAUAAUCCAUCCACCUGACAAAUGUGACAUAUCAAGAAGCUGAUUAAACAGCAUGAUCAUUACACACGUGCACCUUGUGCACCAAUUUGUAAGUCACUCUGGAUAAGAGCGUCUGCUAAAUGACUUAAAUGUAAAAUGUGCUGGGGACAAUAAAAGGCCACUCUAAAAUGUGCAGUUUUGUCACACAGAACAAUGCCACAGAUGUCUCAAGUUUUGAGGGAGUGUGCAAUUGGCAUGCUGACUGUGGGAAUGUCCAGCAGAGCUGUUGCCAGAGAAUUGAAUGUUCAUUUCUCUACCAUAAGCCACCUCCAACAUUGUUUUAGAGAAUUUGGCAGUAUGUCCAACACGCCUCACAACCGCAGACCACGAUAUUGCGUCGUGUUGGUGGUGGGGCUAUCGUAUGGGCAGGCAUACGCUACGGAAAACAAACACAAUUGCAUUUUAUCUAUGGCAAUUUGAAUACAGAGAUACCAUGAUGAGAUCCUGAGGCCCAUUGUCGUGACAUUCAUCUGCCGCCAUCACCUCAUGUUUCAGCAUUAUAAUGCACAGCCCCAUGUCGCAAGGAUCUGUACACAAUUCCUGGGAGCUGAAAAUGUCCCAGUUAUUCCAUGGCCUGCAUACUCACCAGACAUGUCACCCAUUGAGCAUGUUUGGGAUGCUCUGGAUCGACGAGUACGACAGCAUGUUCCAGUUCCAACCAAUAUCCAACAACUUCGCACAGCCAUUGAAGAGGAGUAGGACAGCAUUCCACAGGCUACAAUCAACAGCCUGAUCAACUCUAUGCGAAGGAGAUGUGUCGUGCUGCAUGAGGCAAAUGGUGGUUACACCAGAUACUGACUGGUUUUCUGAUUCACGCCCCUGCUUUACACUAUUCAAACUAAAGCAACACUGACUUCAUCCCAAAUGGCACCCUACUCCCUUAAUCGUGCACUACUUUUGACCAGACUGUUCUACAAGUUACUCUCCUUUACUCACUCUUUCGUGGGAGUCUGUGUGUUGUGUGUACGUGUUCGUGCAUGUGAGUGAUUGGGAUGAUUGUGUUUUUAUCCCUUUGAUGAACUGGGAUAAGCUGACAAACACAUCUUCUUAGCUCAGUACAUUCAUUUUCAUCAACAAAAUAAUGUUGACAGUGUCAGACUCAAAUAAACUCAACUGUGCUACAAGAGAAGAAUGUUAUUUGUGACUGUGAAGUGCCCUUGGGCAUGACUAGACCUUUUUAGGUUGUCAUUUUUAGAAGAAUUACAAACAUUUUCAUCUUUCUUUCUUUCUUUCCCACCUCCCCUAUCUCCCCUCCAGUAUCCUGUUCGCAGACAUCGUGGGGUUUACCAGUCUGGCGUCUCAGUGUACUGCCCAGGAACUGGUCAAACUGCUCAACGAACUCUUCGGGAAGUUUGACGAGCUGGCCACA